UGCGGUCGCGCACAGUUCAGUGUAUGGGAGGUAAAAUGGCGACGGGUGCCAUUUCCACGGAGUCAAAGAAAAUAUCAGAUUUAAGAGUUGUUGAUCUAAAAUCCGAGCUCAAACAAAGGAAUUUGGACACUUCUGGUGUGAAGAGCGUUCUUCUUGCAAGAUUGAGACAGGCUCUUGAGGAUGAAGAUGGUGACACAGAAAAUAUUCAAAUCCAGCUUUCAGCUGACACAUCAAAUCGGAAAGGUGGGAAAGCAAAAGGAAAAAAAGUGGAUUCAGAUGCGGACACAACGGGGGAGGAAGAUGUGCUCUCCAAGGAAACUGAAGAAUAUGAAUCUGAAAAAGAUGUAACUGAUACAGAUGAUGGUACUCGUGAAAAGUCUAAGCCUGCACCCUGUGAGGACAGCCUUACUCAGCCUGAGGCUGAGGCACUAGCUGAGGCUGAACCAGAGUCAGAAGCUGUGGUGGCUGAGGCAGAUUCAGAGCCAGAGCCAGAGAUGGAUGCUGAGCCAGAGCCAGAGAUGGAUGCUGAGUCUGAGGCAGAGGUAGAUGCUGAGUCUGACGCCGACCCAGAGGUGGAUGAUGAUGACGCCGACCCAGAGGUGGAUGAUGAUGAUGACGCCGACCCAGACCCAGAGGUGGAAGAUGAAGACACCGACCCAGAGAUGGAUGGGGAGGAUGAGCCAGGGCUGAAGACCAAACUGUCUGAGAGUGAUGCCGAAACGAUGAAUUCCUCUAAAGAAGCUGAGGACGAUCACCUAUCCGUCUCAAUCCCAAAUGAAGAUGCCAUCACCCUAGAUGUUGAUGGUGAUGAUCUCCUGGAAACAGGUAAACAUGUGAAACUUCCAGAUCCAGAGGCUGAGAAGGGCACUGAUGAGCCAAUGGCCUCUGAGACGGUCCCAGAUGAUGACAUGAUGGCGGGAGAGACCGUGGGCCACAAAGAUGGUAAGAAAGAUGAUGGGUCCAGGAGUGAUCUCAUGAAGAAAGACGGCAGAGAGGCCCUGAAGAAAGCUGAAAUGGGAGACAAAGAAAAGGAUUCUGGGAAGAAAGGCCCCUGCACUACUGGGGCAUCAGGUCAAGCAAAGAGCUCUUCAAGAGACCGAGAUGGAAAAGCUGCAAAAGAUGAAAAGGCAGUCGUCAGCAGUAGCGGCAACAGCAGCUCUUCUCGCAACAUAUGGGUGAGCGGCCUGUCUUCAAACACCAAAGCAGCGGUCCUAAAGAACCUGUUUGGCAAAUAUGGAAAGGUUUUGAGUGCCAAGGUGGUUACAAAUGCUCGCAGUCCUGGUUCAAAGUGUUAUGGCUUGGUGACGAUGUCUUCCAGUACAGAGGUGACACGGUGCGUCUCCCACCUCGACUGUACAGAGCUCCACGGACAGCAGAUAUAUGUUGAAAGGGCCAAAAAUGAUCCGUUCAAACGAGAAGGCUCGAAGAAGGACGCUGAGGACAAAGCAAGUUCCACCAAAUCAAGUGAUAAGCGCAGUUCUACGGGGACAAAACUGGCCAACAAAGCACAGCCAUCUUAUAAAAAAGAAGAUAAGAAAUUGGAUAAACUUUCAGAAAAGGACAAAGAUUUGUCCAAGAAACAGGAGGUCAGAAGUGGAAAAUCUGAGUCAGUUUCAUCUAACUCGGGGCAAGAUUCUUUGAAGAAAGAUGACAGAAAGCAUGGACGGAUGAAGAGUCCAGGCAAGAUGGUCCUGUUACAUCAUCCCAAAGGGGACUCUAAUUUUGGCAAAAUAAGACCUUUUAGAAGGGGACGGUAUUUUGAUAAACCCUUCGUCAACAUGAAUAUUCAAAGAAGGCCAAAAUGGUUAAUUCCACCUGAAGAGUUAGAGAUGAUGAGAGUCAAACAGCGACCUUUUAUGAACAAGGGUGAAGACAUCCUGCCUUUUGAAAAGAUGAAGGAGCAAAGGCUGCGUGAACGGGUGGCUCGUAUAGACCGCGUUCGUAGAGCCGUAGAGUUGCGCAGGCGGCGUGAAAUUGCCGAACAAGAACGCAGGGAGCGUGAGCGCGUCCGUCUGUUACGGGAGCGUGAAGAGCGGGAGAAUCUGCUCCGGGAGCGCCAGAGACUUGAGAUGGAAAGACAAAAACUGGAGAGGGAGCGCUUGGAGAGGGAGAGGCUUGAGAGGGAGAGAAUCCGUAUAGAGCAGGAGCGACGUAAAGAGGCAGAACGUAUGACACGUGAACGUGAGGAGCUGCGGAGGCAGCAAGAGCAGCUCCGUUAUGAGCAAGAAAAGAGAAACCACCUCAAGAGGGGCCGUGAAGUGGAACACGGCCGGAGAGAUGAUUCUUAUUGGAAUGGCAACAAGAAGAUGCAGUCUGAGUCUGAUGUCCGUUUGAACCAAGGCUCAAACUAUAACCGACAGCAGAACCGCUUCUCCAACUUCACGCCCAGAGAGAGGGGUCGCUUUCCAGAGGCUGCUGCCGAGCAGCCCAACACGUACGACAGACGUAACCGGUUUGACGGUGAGCCCGAGGUAAAGAAGAGUCGCCCUGCUCCUCACAGGGAGAGCUCUGGCUUUGAGCGCUACCCUAAGAGCUUUGAAACAGUCCGCAGAGCUGAGCAGCCUCCUCCACGCACCGAACUCCGAGACAUUGACCGCCGGGACAGAGAUGAGAGGCGGCCUGUGCCCAUGCAUGAUCGCCCUAUGGGAGCCAGAGUUACAAUGCCUGGCAUGUCGCACAACCGCUCACCCAGGGAUGGAGGGCAUUCAUGGAAGAACGAUGGUGGCAUGAACUCCAACAAGGGAGAUAUACGUAAUGCUGGGUUGACCAGAGGACCCAUGCGCAUGCGUGCAGAGCGCUCGGGCAGAGAUGGUCCAGGCAGAGAUGGUCCAGGCAGAGAAGGUCCAGGCAGAGAUGGUCCAGGCCCAGUACUUAGAGGAGGCACAUCGGCCAACCGUGGAAGGAGCAGCUUUAAUGAGCGAGACGGAGGGAGACCCAUAGGGAUGAGUGAUCAGCCAUUCAGCUCUGGCCGCCAGGUCGUGGUGGAGCGUCACAGCCGGGAUCAGGGGCUGAGGAAGGAGUGGCACGGUGGAUCAAGUUCCCAGGGUCGGGGCUUCGGUGAUAAUCGCAGAAUGGGAGACAGCCGGGGCAGCAUGAUGGCUUCGAGUCACUCUUCCUCUGGAAUGAACCGUAUUGUACAGAUCACCAACAACUCCAUCCCCAGUGGUGGCAACGUGGGUGGAUUCAAGCCUUUCAAAGGGACGCCGCGGCAAUUUUAGUGGCAUCCAAAUUCUGCCACUUCAAACCACCUGAAAAUGUAAAGACUUUUCUGAACUCUUUAUUUUUAGAAUAUCGGCUGUUAUACGUGGCACAUUUGUAGCCAUGCAGUUGAUAACACAAUUUUAUUUUGUAUAGACAAGUGUUUAACUUGAUGUAGGGUGUUCCAGACAGGUCUGCUGUUACCAUUGGAAAAACGCUGUGCAUAUGUUUUACUUAACAUUUAGGAAGAUAUUGUGCAGCCCCAGGUCUUUGUAACAAGUUUUCAAGUGAUGAUCUUCUCCUGAGUGUUGUAUGUAUAUUUUCAAUAGCAUAGUGUCACACUCGGUAGCCCUGUGUAAUGUUUAAUUUUAGAGUGCAUUAAAUGUCAGGGAUCAUUCACUCAUUUGGAUUUUUUCUCUGUGAGGAAACCGAUGACGGGAGUAUUUUUAUUUCUUUUGUGUGGAUGUCCUGUUUUGUAAAAGGUAGUUGGAUUUGCUAAAAUGUUGUCAAACUGUUAACUAGCCUGCAUUGUAGCAAACACUCCACAAGCCACGUGGCUUGUGUCUGACAUAAAAUCUGUUACUGCGGAGCUUUCAGUGGUGUUGGAGUCCCUGAAAGGACCCUCACACUUAAUUAGAUUUGCUUUUUGUUUGCAUAUUCAAUUAGUCAAAUGUCAAUUUAUCAUUUUUGAAGAAGAUAUGAUUUUGUAAGUCACCUGAUGUUGGAACACACCAAAUGUAACCUUGUGAUGUAAGCGGGUAGUACGUUGGCAGAAAGUUUCAGUACACCGCAUGAAAUCUGCAUGUUGAUUAAAACUACAAAAGGUUAAGACUUUAGUCAGCUGACAAUCA